AUGCUUUGUAAGAAGAGACAGGUUAGCGUGCCGACGUUAGCGUGCCGACGUCAGCGUGCCGACGUCAGCCUUCCAGACGUCAGCCUGCAGACGUCAGCCUGCAGACGUCAGCCUGCAGACGUCAGCCUUCCAGACGUCAGCCUGCAGACGUCAGCCUGCAGACGUCAGCCUUCCAGACGUCAGCCUGCAGACGUUAGCCUGCAGACGUCAGCCUGCAGACGUCAGCCUGCAGACGUCAGCCUGCAGACGUCAGCCUUCCAGACGUCAGCCUGCAGACGUCAGCCUUCCAGACGUCAGCCUGCAGACGUCAGCCUGCAGACGUCAGCCUGCAGACGUUAG